UCAAAAUAAAAUAGUAAAGCGUGUACGGUGGCGCGAAGAUUUAGUUAUUUCCAAAAUAGAAGUGAAGAACAUAGGCUCCCCACCCGCCGCUGCCUCGCUCUCUCUCUAUAUGUUUCUUUUUAUUUGAUUUGAUUCUUUCUCAGGCAUUUUAGUUCCUAAUGGAUUUCCAUUUCAACCAACGCCGAUGCGAUAUUUCACCGAUUUGAACACCAUUAGUUCAGGGCCGCGAUGUCAGUCUCCCAAACGCUCGGUGGUCCGUCGAGAUGUGGCCGCGUUUUGGGACCAUCUCUCGACAAGAUCAUCAAAAAUGCCGCUUGGCGAAAACACUCUCACAUCGUUUCUUCGUGUAAAUCCACUCUCGAGAAGCUUGACACUCUCUCCGACACCGGAUUAUCCGAUCCGAAGUCUCAUGUACUCGGAAUUUCCUCGUCCGACGCUGAUUUUGUCCUCGCCCCUAUCCUCCUCGCCCUCGACUCGAAUUACAUCAAAGUCGCCGAGCCGGCACUCGAAUGUAUAUUCAAAUUGUUCUUCUCUCUCGGCAUCGUUCGCGGCGAGAUCGAUAGCAAGGCCUCCAAUCCGAUCCUGUACAAAAUUGUCGAAAGCGUUUGCAAACUGGGUGGCAUUGGUGAUGAAUCGGUCGAGCUUCCUGUGCUACGUGUUUUACUCUCCGCCGUUCGAUGCCCUUGCGUUUUGAUACGUGGCAAUUGCUUGAUUCACGUCGUUAGAACUUGUUAUAACGUAUAUUUAGGUAGUUUAACCGGAACCAAUCAGGUAUGUGCUAAGUCAAUUUUAGCUCAGAUUAUGCUUAUUGUAUUCUCCCGAGCGGAAGAAGAUUCCAUGGACAUUUCAAUCAAAACAGUGUCGGUUAAUGAACUUGUAGAGUUCACUGAUAAGAAUUUGAAUGAAGGAAGCUCAAUUUAUAACUGUCAGAGUUUUAUUAGCGAUGUUAUGAAUGCUAGCGAAGGGGUUCCAGAUUUGAAGCUUUCUCAGCCGAUUAUGGUUCGGGAGUUGCAAAAUGGAGAGAUUAAGUGGUCGAAAGGGGAGCAAAAUGAGGAGGUUGAGGAGGAAGAGAUGAAGGAAGGGACGGAAUCAGGUUCUGGUGUGGUUAGUAGUAAAAUUAGGGAGGAUGGGUUUCAUGUUUUUAGGAAUUUGUGUAAGUUGUCCAUGAAGAUUUCCACAGUGGAGAAUACGGACGAUCAGGUCCUUUUGAGAGGGAAAACAUUGUCUUUGGAACUCCUCAAGGUUAUAAUGGACAAUGGGGGUCCAAUUUGGCGCACAAAUGAGAGGUUUCUUAACGCUAUUAAGCAGUAUCUCUGCAUAUCGUUGUUAAAAAACACUGCAUUGUCAGUAAUGUCAGUUUUCCAGCUUCAGUGUUCUAUUUUUAUGAGCUUGUUAAAAAAAUUUAGAUCAGGUUUGAAAGCUGAAAUUGGAAUAUUCUUUCCUAUGCUUAUCCUUCGUGUUCUAGAGAAUAUACUCCAGCCAAGUUUUCUACAGAAAAUGACUGUCCUCAAUUUGUUGGAAAAGAUUGCUGGGGAUUCACAGAUUAUCAUUGAUAUAUUUGUGAACUAUGAUUGUGACGUGGAUUCACCGAACAUAUUUGAAAGGAUUGUCAAUGGCCUCCUGAAAACUUCUCUAGGGCCGCCGCCUGGUUCAACCACAACUUUGUCUACUGUCCAGGAUUUUUCUCUCCGGAAUGAAUCAGUGCUGUGCUUGGUUGGCAUCAUUAAAGCAAUGGGAGCAUGGAUGGACCAACAGCUAAAGAUAGGUGAUUCUGACUUGCCCAAGAGCUUUGAGAGUGAUUCUGCAGUAGAGAGACAAUCAACCUCGUUUUCAGAAGAUGGUGUUCUCCCUGAUUGUGAGUUUAACCCAGAAAUGAGUUAUGAAUUGUCACAUGCUGCUACGCUUGAGCAGUGCCGGGCUUACAAGAUUGAGCUCCAGAAAGGUGUCUCAUUAUUUAACAGGAAGCCAUCCAAAGGAAUCGAGUUUCUUAUAAAAACCAAAAAAGUUGGCAACUCUCCAGAGGAAGUGGCUUCUUUUCUGAAGAAUAACACUACCGGGCUUAGUGAAACUGUAAUCGGUGAUUAUUUGGGUGAAAGGGAGGAAUUUGCUUUGAGAGUCAUGCAUGCUUAUGUGGAUUCAUUUAAUUUCAAAUCUAUGGAUUUUGGUGAAGCGAUAAGGUUCUUCCUGCGUGGCUUCAGGUUACCUGGAGAGGCACAGAAAAUUGACCGCAUCAUGGAGAAGUUUGCUGAGCGCUAUUGCAAAUGCAAUCCAAACUCAUUUACGAGUGCAGAUACUGCCUAUGUACUGGCAUACUCUGUCAUAAUGCUCAACACUGACGCCCAUAAUAACAUGGUCAAAGAUAAGAUGACCAAGUCUGAUUUCAUUCGAAACAACCGAGGAAUAGAUGAUGGCAAGGAUUUACCUGAGGAAUAUCUGGGAGCUCUCUAUGAUCAGAUUGUGAAAAAUGAAAUUAAGAUGAAUGCUGAUUCUUCUGCUCCUCAUAGCAAGCAGGCAAACAGCUUAAAUAAGUUAUUGGGUUUGGAUGGUAUACUCAAUCUGGUCAGUUGGAAGCAAACGGAAGAAAAGCCUUUGGGUGCAAAUGGGCUUCUUAUAAGACAUAUACAAGAGCAGUUUAAGGCAAAGACAGGAAAAUCCGAGUCUGUUUAUCACGUUGUUUCAGAUGUAGGAAUCUUGAGGUUUAUGGUGGAGGUCUGCUGGGGACCAAUGCUGGCUGCAUUUAGUGUCACUCUUGACCAAAGUGAUGAUAGACUUGCUACCACUCAAUGCUUACAUGGCUUUCGAUAUGCUGUGCAUGUAACUGCAGUAAUGGGUAUGCAGACACAGAGAGAUGCUUUUGUCACAUCUGCAGCGAAGUUCACUUUUCUCCACUGUGCUGCAGAUAUGAAACAAAAGAAUGUUGAUGCUGUGAAGGCAAUAAUAUCUAUAGCCAUUGAAGAUGGUAACCAUCUUCAGGAAGCCUGGGAGCAUAUAUUGACAUGCCUGUCCAGAAUAGAACAUUUGCAACUGUUGGGAGAAGGGGCACCAGCUGAUGCAGGCCUUUUACUUGUGCCUAGCACAGAAACAGAUGAAAAGACAGCAAAAUCUGUUGGUCUUCAAUCUCUGAAGAAAAAAGGAAGCAUCCGGAAUCCAGCUGUAAUAGCAGUUCUCCGAGGGGGUUCAUAUGAUAGCACCACUGUUGGAAUCAAUAGUUCUGGACUUGCACCUCCAGAGCAGAUUAAUCAACUCAUUGCAAACUUGAAUCUAUUAGAACAGAUAGGAAAUUCUGAGUUGAACCAUGUUUUUGAACAUAGCCAAAGGUUAAAUAGUGAAGGAAUAGUUGCAUUUGUGAAAGCCCUAUGCAAAGUUUCUAUGUCGGAGUUGCAGUCUCCGACGGAUCCUCGAGUUUUUAGCUUCACAAAACUAGUUGAAAUUGUGCAUUACAAUAUGAACCGCAUCAGAUUAGUUUGGUCUCGCAUGUGGAAUGUUCUCUCCGAUUUCUUUAUUUCAGUUGGAUUGUCCAAGAAUUUGUCUGUAGCAAUUUUUGUGAUGGAUUCAUUGUGGCAGCUUGCUAUGAAAUUCUUAGAACACGAGGAGCUUGCAAAUUACAACUUCCAGAAUGAAUUCUUGAGACCAUUUGUGAUUGUUAUGGAGAAGAGCGAAUCUACAGAAAUACGGGAAUUAAUUGUUCGAUUCAUUUCUCAGAUGGUCCUCAGCCGCGCUAGUAAUGUCAAAUCUGGAUGGAGAAGUGUUUUUAUGGUUUUUACAGCUGCUGCUGCAGAUGAGCAGAAGAACAUUGCCCUGCUGGCUUUCGAGACAAUGGGAAAAAUAGUUCGAGAACACUUUCCUCAUGUGACUGAAACAGAGGCAACCACUUUUACAGAAUGUGUAAGAUGCCUCAUCAAGUUCACAAAUAGCAGGUUUAAUGGGGAUAUUAGCCUCAAUGCUAUUGCAUUUCUCCGGUUCUGUGCCCUCAACAUUGCUGAGGGAGAACUUGGUCGCACUGGCAAGAGCUCGGAUGAUGAUUCAUCUGUUUCAGUUGUAGAUAAGGAUGAUCCAGGUGUACAAAGCUCGACUGAUAUUGAUGAUUAUGUAUCCUGUUGGGUUCCUUUGCUAACAGGUUUAUCAAAACUAACAUCAGACUCGAGACCAGCCAUCCAAAAGAGUUCGUUAAAUGUGCUUUUUAACAUCCUCAAGGAUCAUGGUCAUCUUUUCUCACAAACAUUCUGGAUUAGUGUUUUUAGUUCUAUCGUUCUCCCAAUAUUUAAUGGCACAUGCGAAAAGAGUGACAUGGCAGUAAAAGACAAGCAGGAUUCACCAACUUCAAAAUCCCCGCAUCCUGAUGGAAGUACAUGGGACACUGAAAUUUCUGAAUUGGCCGCACGCUGUUUAGUAGAUCUUUUUAUUUGUCAUCACAGUGUACUGAGGCCUCAAAUAUCAAAUGUGAUAUCGAUUUUGAUAGAGUACUUAAGAAGCUCAAUGAAGAGUUCUGCAAACACUGCAGUUACAGCGAUAUCUCGUUUGACACGAGAGUUAGGGAGCAGAUUUUCUGAAGAUGAAUGGAGAAAAAUGUUUCUAGCUUUUAAAGAAGCAGUCGCAUCAACGAUGUCAGAGUUUAUAACACUUAUAAGAACCAUGGAUGACUUCAAAUUGCCUGCCAAUGCUCAAUCCUAUGCUAAUAUUGAAACAAGCUCCGAUGAUGAAUUGAUCAAUGAUGAUGUUAAGGAUCUUGAGGAUGAUAAUCGGCAAACCAUGGCCUCUGUGAUUUCAGGAAUGAAGAGUCAUAUCGCACUCCAGCUGCUCAUGUCGCAGGUUAUAAAAGAUUCGUGCAAAAAACAUGUACAGUUCUUGUCAGCUGCAAACAUCGACAUCGUUGUCGAGAUAUUUUCUUCCAUUGCAUCACAUGCUCAGCAAUUGAACGCUGAGACUACUCUUCGAAAGAAAAUACGAGUUGCAUGCUCAAUCUUGGAGCUCACUGAUCCUCCUACAGUUCACUUCGAGAACAAGGCUUACAAAAAUUACCUCUACUUCCUCCAAGAUUCUAUAAAAAGCAACACGUCAGUCUCCGCAGAGAUGAACCUAGAAUCACAACUUGUGGCGGUAUGUGAAAAAAUAUUUCAGAUAUAUCUCAACCAUGCAGACUACCACUACAUGCAACAGCGGAAAUCAGAGGCGAAACCUCCGGUCACGCAUAGGAGUGUUCCAUUGGCUUUAGGUAAAAAGGAAGAACUGGCAGCUAGAAGGUGUUUACUGGUAUUAGCACUGAAGGCAUUGAGCGGUUUGGGAAGAGAUUCUUUAAGAAAAUACAUGGCAAAUCUGUAUCACCUGUUGGUAGAUCUUAUCGGGAUUGAGCACAGCUCCGGCGAAGUCGAAAGUGCUCUAACCAACAUAUUCAAGUCAGGUAUAGGUCCAAUAAUAAUGCAAUAAUCUAUUAUCCC